AUGGGUGGUCUAACUCCGGUGGAGGAUCGUUCAGAGAUUGCUUUUUUCGACGUCGAGACGACAAUUCCGUUUCGACCUGGCCAAGGUUACGCGAUUCUUGAGUUUGGGUCGAUCCUGGUUUGUCCGAAGAAGCUAGUGGAGCUUCGAAACUACUCGACCCUGGUUCGACCCUCUAACCUUAAUCUCAUCACGGCUCGGUCGGUGAAGUGCAAUGGCAUCAAGCGAGAGGACGUCGAGUCAGAACCUACGUUUGCAGAUAUUGCCGACACCGUCUACGAUAUUCUCCAUGGAAGAAUAUGGGCAGGUCAUAACAUAUUGAGGUUUGAUUGUCUAAGGAUAAGAGAAGCAUUUGCUGAGAUUGGACGAGAUUCACCAGAGCCAAAAGGUACCAUUGACUCGUUGGCUUUGCUUACUCAAAGGUUUGGGAGGAGAGCUGGUGAUAUGAAGAUGGCGACAUUGGCUGCAUAUUUUGGACUUGGCAACCAGACGCAUAGGAGCCUAGACGAUGUCAGGAUGAAUUUCGAGGUUCUCAAGUAUUGUGCCACUGUUUUGUUCUUGGAGUCAAGCCUGCCAGAUGAACUUGUAGAGAACUCGGUUACUACUACUCCAGAAACAAGUUCAAGAAGGCGUACGAAUAUCAAAACAUCUCCUCUGCAAUCUCCCGUUGAUCAGCAGACAAGGGAGAACAGUACAUCUAUACCUAUUCUCUCCUUUGUUUCACCCGCAGAAGCUCAAACGGAUCCGUUUGAUACGAGCACUUUGAGGAACGAAAUAGCCCCUGAGUUUCUUCAUUCAGAUAUUCCCGUGGAAGAUGUACAAAACCAGCCAUCUGAGCCUGUUGCCUCUGAAGAGACCGGUGACCAGGAUGGAUACUUGGAGCUAGAUAAAGUAUCGAUUUCAAGUAUCAAAGCAAUUGAUGUCCCGUUAUAUCAUGGGAACCAAAGGAUGAAGAUACAGCUCUUCCUUGGGGACAGACCUCUUCGACUCCAUUGUCCUCGCCUGAAAGUACGGUUUGGAAUCAAUGGGAAAUUUCUGGACAACGCUGGGAGACGGAAAUUGAACUUUGUAGUUGAUCUGUAUCCAAGUCUCUGCAACGUAUUGCAAGAAUGUGACAGUGCGGCACAGAAAAUAUCUGUUGAUUCAGGUAGUGGUUCUGACUGGAACCCGGCGCUCAUUCCAGUGAAAGGAUUUCUGAACUGUCCUACAGCAAGGAUACGUAUACCGACAGAGCUAAAUGGAGAUGUAGACCGGUAUGCAGCCGAGGUACAUCAGAGAGAGUUAUCUGGAGCUACUACUACUCAGAAACUCAUUUCCGGCAAUCCGAGGGCUGAGGAGCUCGAGUCUUUGGUGAAUCCGGGAACUGUUCUUGACGCUUUCUUGUCUAUAGAGCCUUAUGAUUGUCAGCAGAGAGCUGGAAUCCGUCUAGUUGCUAGAAAACUUGUUAUACAUUAG